AUGCCGAAUGAAGUAGAUCCCUUGUUUAGCAGCUCGUGGCGGGAUGAUACUCACCUGGUGUGUGUCAGCAACUUUUUCUUAUUAUCAUAGCUGAAAGCAAACUCAGAGGGGAAGCUUACAAAACAAAUUUGCAAAGUUGUUUUGGAUCAUUUUGAAAAACAGUAUUCCAAAGAACUUGGAGAUGCUUGGAGUAUGACAAGGACUAUACUCACAUCUCCAUCGUGCUGGCAGUAUGCGGUCCUGUUUAACCGAUUCAAUUAUCCUUUUGAACUGGAAAAGGAUUUACAUAUGAAGGGCAAUUAUACACUCUUCCAAGGAUCUUUGCCUAAUUAUCCUGAAUCAUUGAAAUGUUAUCUUAGCAAAACUCCUGACCGAAUGCCAUCUGAAAGACACAAAACGGGAAGCCUGAAGAAGUACUACCUCUUGAAUGCUGCCUCUCUUCUCCCAGUCCUGGCUCUGGAAUUAAGGGAUGGAGAAAAGGUGCUGGAUCUGUGUGCUGCCCCAGGAGGCAAGUCGGUGGCUCUGCUGCAGUGUGCCUAUCCAGGUUACCUUCACUGUAAUGAAUCUGAUAGUCAGAGAUCAAGGUGGCUCAGGCAGACACUGGAAUCAUUCAUCCCGCAGCCCUUGGUAAAUGUAAUUAAAGUGUCUGAAUUGGAUGGCAGAAAAAUGGGAGAUGCCCAGCCUGAAACAUUUGACAAGGUGUUAGUUGAUGCUCCAUGCUCCAAUGAUCGCAGCUGGUUAUUCACCUCUGAUUCUGAGAAGGCAGCCAGCAGGAUAAGCCAAAGGUGGAGGUUACCAGUUCUACAGAUAGAACUCUUAAGGUCUGCAAUUAAGGCUCUCCGUCCUGGUGGGUUCCUCGUUUACUCUACAUGCACACUUUCCAAGGCAGAGAAUCAAGAUGUGAUCAGUGAAAUUUUAAACUCCUACAGUAAUGUCAUGCCUGUGGAUAUGAGGGGAAUGGCAAGCAUUUGUUCCCAAGACUUCACAUUUGUUCCCACUGGCCAAGAAUGUGGGCUCUUGGUAAUUCCAAAUAAUGGCAAAGCCUGGGGCCCAAUGUUUGUAGCCAAGUUGAAAAAACUGUGA